AUGAAGUCUUUGUUGUUCUCUUUGCUUACAAUUUCUGGUGCACUGGUGGUACCUCUAUCGGUUGGGGCGGAGAAAGUGAACAAUAAUACUCUGGUGUCGCAACGCACGCCAGUAGGCCAGUCGUUGGUGGCGAACUCAUCCGAUUGUGCGAAUCUGCAUGGAAAAGGUUUGCGCGUUUGCAGCACCGUCUACGCGGCAGAUAAGGCGGUAGACGGGGCCCGUUGCGAUGAAGCCAUCUGCAAGUUACAAUGUUGCCACGCUGCCAAGGAGUGCCGGAAGUCGCACUUCCUAUCGCUGACCAGCGAGGAAUGCAUCUAUUCACACCUACAGCGAACAAUGGGCAGCUGUUGUAUUGUGGGAAAAUCCAGUGGUGCAACCAUGGUUUACGCCGGCGGAGCAGUCGUAGGCAUGAUCAUCGUCAGCGGCCUCUACUUCAUCGUAUCUAUGGGAUCACAUAAGAAGGUGAUAAAGGGCGAGAAGCCGACAGAUGACGAUGAAAAGGAAGACGCCAAAUUAUACGAAACCAAAACGCCUCAUAUGGAUGUAAACCAGCUUAUUGCCACUGACGGCGACGAUGUCUUCUGGGAAGACUGA